CCGAUCAAAAAAUAAAGACACUUGUUUUUGGCGCCCUAUCACUAUUAUCUCCCGACUUACCUCGGUGGGUGUGUUUCUUCAGAAAACAAACAGGAAAGGUGAAGAGAUUGCAAGUUCCUUUUCAAAAUGGGUCGGAGCAUUAGCAGUAGCAGUAGCAGGGAUGACUACAAGUUCCUUAAAAUAGUAGAUGCUAGAGCUGCCCUCAACCAGAAAGUUAAUCUUAUAGGCGUCGUCAUCGAAACCGGUCUCCCUAAACAGUCCAAAGGCACUGAUUGCUUUUGCGGCAUUAAGAUCAUAGAUGAGUCCUACCCAAGCCCAGGGAUUUCAGUGAAUUUUUUCGCGGAGACUAUGGACAAGCUUCCUCAAGUGCUGACUGUUGGUGAUAUAAUUCAGCUUUCUCAAGUUGUGAUGAAAACUCAUGGACCCGAUAUUUAUGCUUUAUUCAACAAGAAGUAUUCUUCAUUUGCAAUAUUUGACGGAAAAAAUAAUUCAACUUUCAUCCCUUACCAAUGUUCUAAGUAUCACGCUAGAGAGCAAGACAAGAAAUUUAUACUGGAUUUGAUGAAGUGGUUGGUUGAUCACAAGAUUGAUACAGGUUUGACUGAUUUACAUUCGUUGAAAGAGAUCAGAGAAGGAGAACGCUUCAAUUUGCUCUGCAAGAUUGUUCACGUAUGUGAAGUUGAAAAAGACAAGUGGAUGCUUCUCGUGUGGGAUGGCACAGAUACUCCACCGGUCACUAUCAACACUAAGCUAGAAGAAGAAAAUGAAAACCCACUUCCAUUGCAGCCUGUGGACUUCACUUUGCAAAGAGAUAUUCUCUGUACUUUGCCACCUCUUGGAACUGUCUUGAGGGUAACUGUUGAUCGUUGCAAUGAGAAACUUGGCAUUAACUUUCUCAAGAGCAAUCGAUGGGUUAAACUGAUUAACAUUAGAUGUGAACUUCAUACAGCAUUGUGGCAUGCUGUUCUAAUGCCCUUUACUAGGGUUUGCUACUUAUCUGAUGAAGAUGACAUUGUUUUACAGCGCAUGAGGCAGUACGAUGAGCGUCGUAAAUCUAAAUGGGGAUGGAUGCCUUUGUCAAGUUUUCCUUGGCCAUCUGACAUAACAGAGACCGACUACGCUAAUAUACCUUUUGUCUCCUUGAUGAGGGCUCUGGCGAAUCCAAGGGUCGUAGGUAAAUUUCACUGUGUAGUUCGAGUGGUAGCGGCAUUUCCUUGGCUAGCUGAAGAUUUCCGUUCCCCUUCUGGGAUUUAUAGGAUCAGGUUGACCCUGGAGGAUCCAACUGCCAGAAUCCAUGCAUAUCUAUAUAAAGAGGAUGCGGAACAGUUUUUUGAUGGCUACCCCUCUGUUUAUGCAUUAACAAAAAAGAGGAAUUUGUUGCUUGGAACUUCUGAAGACGAUGAUGGUAGUGAAGUGAGUGAUUAUUUUAGAAAUCCUCCCUGGAUCAGGUGUUGCUUAAAAUCUUAUCCUAUCGAUGACAGCGAUGUUUGGGGAAGUAGGAAUUUCCGAGUUUUUGCUACCACUCUGAAAGCAUAGGAGGAGAUUGUCCAUUGUAUAUGCCUCCAGUGCUUUCAAAGACCAUAUGUAAUUUUGGCACUUCUGCAAAUGUACAGAUGCAGUUGCUAGCAUGUAGGUUUGAAUGACCUAAACUUACUUUCCUUUUGUCUUUUGCAAAUGUACUCAUGCUAGCACAUACUAAUAGUUUUGCUUUCGUGUAGUAAAAGAAGCCUUUGCUGCU